AUGUUAUGCUUAGUAAGUUCAGAAUUUAUUGGCUAUAAAUCUAAGUACAUUGAUGGCAGAACAGAUGUUCAAUUCGGAAAUACUACUGAAGGACAUAAAAAAGUUGUCAUCUUUUAUAAUAAUGAAGGUUUCAAAAUGGUUACAGGAAGCUUUAUACAGAAAUCAUGCAAAAGAAUACUUUGGAAAAGAUACAACUGCAAACGCUCAACUAAAUACGAAUACGAUGCAAUCCCUAAGGUUUUAGAGAACAAGGAUCAUAUUAUCGCAAAGGCUGAUAAUAAAAUGCUAAAGUGGAUGGAAUUCAAUGUUCCAGAGUCAUGCCAAACUUUCGAUUAUUACAUGAUCAAAGGAAACUCUAAAGAUUCAUACAUCUUUGAUCCUUCAAAGUUAGAGAAAGGGAAGCGUCAUUGUAUGUUCUUUGGAUCACAAACAAAGCACAACUUUGUUGUCUACAAGAGCAAUGAAUCAUUUGGCAAUCUCCUCGUUGAGAACAUGAACAUUCCAAACACUGCUACAAAAGUUACAGAAGAAACGUAUACAAUUAAUGGUUGGAAUAAUCUUUAUCUUUAUUAUGAACCAGAUGAGAAAGAUAACAAACCAAUUGUUGGUGUUAAGAAGUUCACAACUCAUGAUGAUUAUGAUUUCUGGAGUUCUAAGCAAAACACUAUUGAAAUUUAA